UCAACAUGCCUAUAAAUACUGACAGAGACUAACAACAAGGAGGAAACUUUUUUUCAGAGAAAGGAAGACGAUGUCAGGUGUGACGAACCGGCCGCAAGAGGAGGACAAGAAGCCCAACGAUCAGUCCGGCCACAUAAACCUCAAAGUCAAGGGCCAGGAUGGGAAUGAAGUCUUUUUCAGGAUCAAAAGAAGCACUCAGCUGAAAAAGCUUAUGAAUGCAUAUUGUGAUCGACAAUCUGUGGAGUUCAACUCAAUUGCUUUCUUGUUUGAUGGCCGUCGCCUCCGAGCAGAGCAGACUCCUGAUGAGCUGGAAAUGGAGGAUGGUGAUGAGAUCGAUGCAAUGUUGCACCAAACUGGUGGAACAACCGCUUAGAUGUGUGCUGCUUGUUCCUGUCAAAGCUAUUAAGCAUGUAGGUUAGCCUGGAUGAUUAGGUUUUUGGAUUUGUAGUAGACUUCUUUAAGCUUAAGUCUUGCCUUGUGCAGUGUAUCUUUCUCUUAGAGCUUUGGCAGUAACUGGUUAUUGGACUCGAGACGGGAUUCAAAACUUGAAUAGUACAUUAGUUUUUCUUAUUGAACUUUGCUCAA